CUGACUCACGAGCUGACAGCUUUCUGAGCAAACAGCCGGAGAAACGCCAAGGGUCACUCCUUUCAGAAACCUGAUCAUGUGGUUUUCAACCCCGUGUGACGUUGGAGCAGAAAGUGGUUUCCGGGGUCUCUCCAGACACGCCCCUUCUGUGUCACCCCUUCCUUUCUUUUGGGGUGCAGGACGUAGUGGGCAGCUUUCUCGUCUUCUACCUCGGAGCCUAUGGUCGUGGAGCCAGCACCGUCCACUGUGGGCUGUGGAUGAGGGGGUAGGGUUGUCGGGACAGCUUCGGGGUCCUGUGGCUUUGACAAUUCCCAUGGGCGACUCCCGUCAUUCCCUCCUUUCCUGGCUUCCUGCUCGCUCGCUGUUAGGGACCUUGAAUGAAUAGCCAGCAUGGAUUUUGGGCACUGAGCCACCACUCCUUUCAGAGGGCUCCUCCACUGGGAAAGCUGCCAGCGGGAUUGAAUUUUCAUUUCCUGAAACCUCAGCCACACUCAUAACUGGUGAGAUGGCCAGGAGUGGCCAGGAAUGGCCGGGAGUGGCCACAGGGAGCAGGGAUCGGGCGGCGGGCAGCUGUUUGCCCAGGCAGGACUCUGCAGAAAGUCACCUUGGCUGGGCUGAGCUUGCUCCUGCUGGUGACAUGGGGAGCAGGACUUACCACGCCAACACCUAUGCACCGGCAUCCUGACCGACCGGCCCAAGGCCCUACCAGCACCCGAUGCUGUCGAUAAGGCCAGGAUGGCUUUAAACUCAGGGUCUCCGCCGGGCAUUGGACCUUACUAUGAAAACCACGGGUACCAACCGGAGAACCUCUACGGCUCGCAGCCGCCCGUGGCACCCAGCGUCUACGCAGUGUACCCGGCUCGGUACUACCCGGCGGCCGUGCCCCAGUACACCCCGAGGGUCCCCACGCACGCCUCCACACCCGCGGUCCACAGGCAGCCCAAGGCCCCCUCGGGCACUUGCUCCUCAAGGACCAAGCGGCUGUUGUGCCUGGUCUUGGUGCUGGGGGCCAUCCUGGUGGGCGUUGCGCUGGCUGCCGUCCUGCUGUGGAAGUUCCUGGAGAACCGGUGUGCGGUGUCGGGGGUGGAGUGCGGCAGCUCCGGGAUCUGCAUCAGCCCCUCGCUCUGGUGUGACGGUGUCCCCCACUGCCCCAGCGGGGAGGACGAGAAUGGCUGCGUUCGCCUCUACGGACCCAACUUCAUCCUCCAGAUCUACUCACCGCAGAGGAAGUCCUGGUACCCUGUGUGCCAGGACAGCUGGAGCGACAGCUACGGGCGGGUGGCCUGCGCCGACCUGGGCUACAAGAACAGCUUUUAUUCUAGCAGAAGAAUAGAGGAUGACAGCGGGGCGACCAGUUUUAUGAAGCUCAACGCAAGUGCGGCCAGCACUGAUCUCUAUAAGAAACUGUACCUCAGUGAUGCCUGCUUUUCACACACCGUGGUCUCCCUGCGCUGCAUAGAGUGUGGUGUCCGCUCACCAGGCCCCCAGGGCAGGAUUGUGGGCGGCUCAGCUGCGGCACCGGGAGAGUGGCCCUGGCAGGUCAGCCUGCACGUCCAGGGCGUCCACAUCUGCGGAGGGUCCAUCAUCUCACCCCAGUGGAUUGUGACAGCCGCCCACUGCAUAGAACAGCCUCUCAACAGCCCGCGGUACUGGAUGGCGUUCGCGGGGACGCUCAGGCAGUCCGGUAUGUUCUACGGAGACGCGCACCGCGUGGAAAAAGUCAUCGCGCACCCCAAUUACGACUCCAGCACCAAGAACAACGACGUCGCCCUCUUUAAGUUGCAGACGCCGCUGACUUUCAACGACAGGGUGAAGCCCGUGUGUCUCCCCAACCCCGGCAUGCAGCUGGACCCCAAGCAGCAGUGCUGGAUCUCCGGGUGGGGGGCCACCUAUGAGAAAGGGAAGACCUCGGACUUGCUGAACGCCGCCUCUGUGCCCCUCAUCGAGCGCUCCACGUGCAACCACAAGUACUUCUACAACAACCUGAUCACCCCGGCCAUGGUCUGCGCAGGCUUCCCGCAGGGCACCGUGGACUCCUGCCAGGGUGACAGUGGAGGGCCACUGGUCACUUUCAAGAACGGCGUCUGGUGGCUGAUCGGGGACACGAGCUGGGGUUCAGGCUGUGCCAAGGCGUACAGGCCCGGGGUGUACGGGAACGUGACAGUGUUCGCAGACUGGAUCUACCGGCAGAUGCGGGCGAACAGCUAAUCCCGGGGCUCCACCCCGAUGUCCAGAACACGAGUACCGAGGGCUGACACGACUGCUGGCCGUGGCUCCUUCCCUCUUCUGAGCAGUGAUUGCUGACCGCACUGUCCCUGUCCUAUGCCGGCUCCAGCCCCUCUCCCCGCCUGCUGUCCCUGACCCCUGGCCUGGAAGUGGGGGCCGGGCCUGCUGGAUAUGGGCUGCUGAGUCCUCCUCCAGCCUGUUUCUGGGUGGGCCUGGAUGAUGACCUCUCAGUAACCAGGUGGCCCGAGCAGGAAGGGGACAGGCUGGGCAGCCCUCAGGAACAGAAAGGGCCAUCUCAGGGGACAGCCACGGGAAGCCUGUGGCCCAGCUCUCCGCAAGCAGUUUGAUCUGCUAAGUUUUUGAGGGGUCAGGGGUUGCUGGGGCCUUUGCACCGAGCUACAUCAUCCCCAGCCCUUUUUAAAAUUUUUUAUUUUGCGACAAGAUCUCACUAAGUUGCUAAGUUACCCAGCCUGGGCUCAAAACUUUGAUCCUCCUGCCUCAGCUUCCCAGCAUGCCUGGGAUUACAGGCAUCCACCACUGUGUGACCUGGUCUGGCCAUUUCUCUUGUGCCUUCUUAGCUGCUCCAGGUGACACCCACUGGAAGUCAGCUGCAAAUCAGGGGACCAUCCUUCCAUGGCUGGCAACCUGAUAGUCACUUGUGAGGGCAGCAGAAACCAUCUUCUCCUCAUGCGGCUGAGACAGGAAGUGAGGAAGGGCAAGCCUGUGCCCCAUUUCUGCGGCACAGCUCCGGGGCUCCCCUUGGGGACACCCACCCUGGCCCCCGGACUCCUCCCCAGCCCCCCUGUAGCCCGAGCUCUUCCGGGCCACGGACAAGGCCAGGUGCCUUGAGGACCCUGUCAGUGCUCUGGGCACAUGAAGAUGGGUCCCCCGGGAAUCCGGGGGCACAGGGCCCGAUGCCCCUCUCACUACCUCGGGACCCCUGGAGCCCUGGCUGUUGCUGCCCCUCCAGGAAGGUCGCCUGGUUUCCAUCUUUGAAGUGGUCCACUUGGGCGCCGCUCCUCCGAGGCUCCAGUGACAAAGACAAGAAAGUGCGGGCACUGGUCCCUCGGCCCUGGGUUCCCACAGAAUGGGGGCCACUCGCGCCCCUGAGCCCCCUGAGUGCACGUUCGGCUCUUUGCUGCUUCACUCCUUCCCAAGCAUACGGGUUCUGGGGUGCCUUGUGGGCCUCUGCCUGGGGACAGGGUGCCUCUGUGGGAGCAGCACCCGCGCCCCUCCUGAGACCCCCACCAGGCUGUGGGCGCCAACCUGUGGGACCCCAGUUUGCCCCCUGCUUUCUGACUGUUCUCAGCUGCAAGAUUCAAUAUGAAGUACUGUGCAAAUAAAAUCGCUAAGUUUUCCAA